AUGAGAUCUUUAAGUUAUGGUAAAGUAUGCUUUCUAUCAUGUUGCCUUGUUAUCUUGUUGUAUGUUUCAUCACCAAAUUGGGUUGCUUUUGCUUCUGAUACUGAAGCAAAGGCUCUUCUCAAAUGGAAAGCCAGCUUAUUUCAAAAUCAAGCCCUCAAUAAUCUCACCUGGUACCCUCCCACUCAUAAUAUUAAUGCCACCAACUCUUCCAGCAGCAAUCCAAAACCAAAAACAAGCCCAUGCACUUGGACUGGUGUUUCAUGCAAUGCAGCUGGAAGUGUCAGCAUGAUAAACCUUUCCAGAUAUGGUAUACAAGGUACGCUACAUGAAUUUCCAUUCUUGUCUUUCCCUAAUCUUGAACAUGUUGAUCUCAAUAUGAACAAACUCUUUGAUGCCAUCCCACCUGAAAUCAGUUACCUCUCUAAACUCUACUAUCUUGAUCUCUCUGAGAAUAAGUUGUCUGGGAGAAUCCCACCAGAAAUUGGUCUCCUCAAAAAUCUUACAUUUCUCCAGCUCGCUGAAAAUGCAUUUUGGGGGGAUAUUCCCAAUGAGAUAGGCAACUUGAAAUCUCUUGUGGAGCUAUAUUUGAAUGACAAUAAACUCAACGGUUCAAUCCCAAGAUCUCUGGGUGAUCUAACAAGACUUACUCAUCUUUAUCUCUAUGGCAAUCAACUUUCUGGUUCUAUUCCUGAAGAGAUAGGGAAUUUAAAAUCUCUUGUGAAGUUAAUUUUCUCUGAGAAUAAACUCAAUGGUUCAAUUCCAAGAUCACUAGGUAAUCUAUCAAACCUUGCCUAUCUUUAUCUCUAUGGCAAUAAACUUUCUGGCACUAUUCCUAAUGAGAUAGGUAACUUGAAGUCUCUUGUAGAUCUAGAGUUGUCCUCCAACAUUUUAAGUGGUUACAUCCCUCAAAAUAUUAUGAACUUAGAAAGGUUAAACACUUUGUAUUUGCAUACCAAUCAACUUUCUGGUUUGAUUCCCGAAGAGAUAGGGAACUUGCAAUCUCUUGUGGAUCUAGAAUUGAGUGCAAAUCAACUCAGUGGUUCAAUUCCAAGAUCACUAGGUGAUCUAACAAACCUUACCUAUCUCUAUCUCUUUGAAAAUAAACUUUCUGGCACUGUUCCUAUUGAGAUAUUUAACUUGAAGUCCCUUGUAGAUCUUGAGUUGUCCUAUAAUACUUUAAGUGGUCCCAUCCCUCCAAAUAUUGGUAACUUAAGCCAGUUAAACACUCUGUACUUGGAUGACAAUCAACUUUCGGGUUCUAUUCCCAAAGAGAUAGAGAACUUGAAAUCUAUUGUGGAGCUAUCCUUGAGCGUGAAUAAGCUUAAUGGUUCAAUUCUUGCUUCGUUUGAUAACCUAAGCAACUUGGAAAAUUUAAACCUACGAGAUAACCAACUUUCCGGCCCCAUCCCUCAAGAGAUAGAGAAUCUCGAAAAGUUGACUAUCUUGUAUUUGGAUACAAACCAAUUUUCUGGUCAUUUACCCCACAAUAUUUGCCAAGGUGGAAAACUCGUAAACUUUUCAGCAAGUGACAACCAUUUCACUGGUCCAAUACCCAAAAGCUUAAAAACAUGCACAAGCUUAUUCAGAGUCCGUCUUGAAAGGAACCAAUUGACAAGCAAUAUAUCUGAAGACUUUGGUAUUUAUCCAAAUGUUGAUUUUAUAGAUAUAAGCCACAAUAAUUUGUAUGGUGAAAUCUCAUGCAAAUGGGGUCAAUGCCCAUUGUUAAAAAUCCUACGACUUGCGGGAAACAACCUUACUGGGACCAUACCAACUGAGAUCGGAAAUGCAACCCAAAUUCAUGAGCUUGAUCUCUCUUUGAAUAAUUUAGCUGGCACGAUCCCGAAGGAAUUUGGGAGACUCACUUCUUUGGAGAAGUUGAUGUUGAAUGGAAAUCACCUUUCGGGUCGUAUACCGUCAGAAUUCAGAUCAUUGACUGAUCUUGAAUAUCUUGACUUGUCUACAAACAAAUUCCAUGAUUCAAUUCCUGGCAUUCUAGGCAACUUGUUCAAAUUGCACUACUUGAAUUUGAGCAACAACAAGUUGGUUCAAGCAGUUCCACUUGAGUUGGGGGCGUUAGUUCAGUUGACGAACCUGGAUUUAAGUCAUAACUCACUUGAAGGUAAGAUACCAUAA